GCACCACCAACGCCCGAAUACAUGCACCCAUCGCAAGGCCAGCAGGUGCCGCAGCCACCUACGGGCCAACCUUCGGCGCUGUUAUUGCCUACCCCUUCCCAUGAGUCUCAGACUGCCAUGAUGCUGUUGCACCAUGCACCACAGCCUCCAUCUCUCCUGCAAAAUAUGCAUGCUACUGGCGACAUGCAGACCCACAUGCUUCAUCGGCAACCACCAGCCGCCCACCAACCGGCUCUGCACACGGACGGGCUCAUCAACCUCCGCGCCCUCCACGGCGACGACACGAUCAACGGCGAAGUGACGUUCCCUACCGGCCGCGACGCCAAAUACUUUUUGCAGGACUACUGCUUCAACCAGAACAAAGCAAUGAAGCUGCGCGUGGGCAAGAACAGCGGCAACUCCAAGACUUUCGUGUGCACGUCCGAGCCUCACUGCGACUGGCGUAUCGUGGCCACCAAAAGCAAGCGAAAGAACGAAGACGCGUGCUUUUAUUUUUCCACCAUCCACAACGUCCACUCACCCAUGUGCUUGUCCACGCGAAAGCCAUCCGAACGCCAGCACAUGCUCCUCACAGCUUCGUCGUCGUCGUCGUCCCCACUAGCGUUGCCGUACAACUUGCAUCUGUUGGGCGAGCCACUGCAGCAACUUCCCAUUGAAGCCAUCAACAUCCCAAACAAACCCCGACGAGUGAACCCCAUGGACAAGGUGGUCAAGACACUAGUGGAGGCACAAGCAGAUCGCCAGAAGCUGUCUAUCAAGACGAUUCAAGAUCUCUUUUUCAAUGUACAUGGCUACCCCAUCAGUGCCCACACAGCCACCCGAGCCAAGCAAGUAUUUGUGAAUAUGCCACAGUCGUCGCCGUACAUCCAGCCUCCUUCGCAACAACUACCUUCUCGGCAUCUCACUGAAUCUGACACGAAUGUACAACGACCUGCUUUAUUCCAGUUCCAUGACCUGCAAGUUCUUGUCGAGCAAACGAAAAUGAUUGAAGCCGCGUUUGGGCGGGCGGCUGCGGUCGGGGAUUUGUCGGCUGUACGAACUCUGAUUCGAAAUGGCAAAGUGGAUGUCGCAGAUUCGAGUGGCCACCAGGCGCUGUUGGCGGCCACGAAGGGCCAACACUUGGGCGUGGUGGACUGCUUGUUAAGCCACGGCGCCAAGACGGAAGCUAUCGACGAGCACGGGGUAACGGCAUUGAUGGUAGCCGUGCACCUGGGUCAGUUGCACAUUGCCAAAUGUCUCUUGGACCAUGGCGCGCGUGUGGACACUACGGACGACGUACGGCGUGCCACGUCAUAACGACCUACAUUCACCAUCAUAUGUAGACAUCCCAGACGCCGUUGAUGGUCGCGGCGCGCAAUGGCCAUUUGAAACUUGUGAAAUUACUUCUCAAGCGCCAGGCUGUCGUGGAUGCCACGGACGAAGUACCACCGACGCAUUGUACCCAUGUUUCGAUGGUUUGAGGCUUGGGAUGUCCAUAGGAUGAUAACACGGCGCUGCUCUUGGCCACACAGCACGGCCACACGGACGUGGUCGAGGUGUUGCUCAAAAAGGGCGCGAAUCGACAUGUCCAAAACCUGGUACGAUGUCGUCCCGUGUCGCAGGAAGCGGGGGAUGAGGGAGUUGUAUGUGUAGGACGGUCAAGACGCUGUGUCGGUUGCCGCCGCCCUGCACAGCUACGACAUGGGCCAGCUGUACGCCACGCCCAACCACAUCUAACACUAUAAACAAUUAUGACCUUGGUACAUGUGGUUAUGAGACGUCAC